AUGUUUAUUUCACCAAUGGGACCUCCAAAGACUAGAGCGAACAAUGACAAUGACCGUCGUGCAAAGCCCUUUUGUCAUUGUUGGAAUCAACGAGCUCCUAUGUCGUGGAGACAGCUGAACUCCUGUUCUUGUGGAGAAGACAAAGACUGCUAUGAAUGGAAUUGGGAACAGGCUGAGACAAGUGGUCCCAGCUGGGUGGUCAUAAGCGAUGAUCAGAAACAAGUAACAUUUCAUCCAUUCUACAGUUCGGGCACUGCUGCCGUUCGUGGUAAUAUGCCGCUGCUCCAUAAUUACCAUUACUACUGGGAGGUGAAGAUGCUUACAGAAACAUAUGGUACAGAUAUUAUGGUCGGUGUGGGUACAGAUAAAGUGAACAUGGCCGACGUCCAGUUCAAGUUCACGUCGCUGUUGGGCGCGGACGGCGAGUCGUACGGGCUGUCGUACACGGGCGCGCUGCGGCACGACGCGACCGUGAUGCGCGACGCGGCCGGCUUCUGUCGCGGCACCAUCAUCGGCGUGCGCCUCGACAUGUGGCAGGGCACCUUGGAGUUCUAUAUCAACAGAAAACCUCAAGGCGUGUCGUUCUACAACCUGCGUCGGCACAAGGCGUUGUACCCGAUGGUGUGCUCGACGGCGGCGCAGUCGUCGAUGCGCCUGACGUACGCGGCGUCGUGGCGCGCCUCCCUAUUGGUGGACGCGGCGCGCGCGCUGGCCGCGGCGGGCGCACGCGCCGCGCUGCCGCCCGGCCUCUGGUACAAGCUGCGCGCGCAGUUCUGGCUCACGCUGCCCAACGACGGGUGUGCGUUAGAGGACGAGGAUGAUAGCAUGCAAGUAGAGCCCCUCCGACUGGCGCCCAACGUGCUAUCGGAGAUCCUGCCCAGCCAAUAUCUGAAUGGAUUCUACGUGGAUAACGUGGACAGGGAAUACCGCGUCAUGGUGUGGGAGUGA